AUGCCCACACAUGCAGCAAGAAGCACCGCACUCCCGCCCAAAGGCAUCCUGAAACACCCCACGAAACGAUUCCCUUUCGAAGACCCCGUCGCCGUGCAGCGCGCCACGGGCCUUCGGUUCGAGGUGGGUAAGCUGUCGUCGGAGUUCACUCUGGACGAGCCGGAUAUGGUCGAGGUGCAUGCGUUCAAACGGAACAUGGGAGGAAGACAGCCCCGGGAUUCGAUAGUCGUGGUGGACGAGGCUAGAACGCGAGCAAGAAGGAGGUUUCUGUCAGAGAAGGGGUCCCGGGAGGCUCUGCUGGGAGAGAGGGAUUAA